CGGCAGAGUGCGCCAGCGGCGGCGGCAGCGUCGUCGCACGUAAUCCCGCAGAGCCCACAACAAGAUGACGGCGGCGACGAGCGUACGUAGACGGCGGCCUCCGGGCAAGCCUCGUUCCAGAUCCUUGACCAAUCGGGCCAGCUAGAAAAACUGACGGCGCGCUCGCCCCGCUGUUUGGGGUGGCCCCGUCUCGCUGGUCAGCGAUGCGGCCGGAAGUAGGAGACUGCCCCUUCUUCCGCUACUGGAUUACCGUCUGCUGCUGCUUCUCGGCGGUGGUGGUCGUCAGCGUCGCCGAUCCCGGCUCGCAUGCAGACCCGGGCCGAGGAGGAGGAUGCGAGUUCCCUCAGCGCUGGCGGGGCGUCUGGUUUCAGAAGGGCGCCCACCCGGCCAUCAGCAUAGAGCGCACGCAGAUCACAUUCAAGGGAACCUGCGUCCAAGCUGACGGAGACAUGUUCCUCAUCGAAGACAGGAGGGAGCGGUGUUUUCGUUGCGUUGCCAUCUACGAGAAGCACGAAAAUGUUCUUCAGUACAGAGAAACGUACUGUGAUGAAUUCGACAACUUGAAGGAAGCCUGUCACUUGCUGAACGUCGACGCGCACCUGCAUUCUUUGUUCAGGGUGGAAGCGUCUCCGGUGGCGUGUCCUUUCCGGGGCCCCCUGACGUUCACGUACAACCGUGGCCAUGGCGAGUGCCGGCAUCCAGUGUCCACGGUGGACUCCUGCUCCGCCGACUGGCGCAUACUCUUCAGGUUCCAGGCCUGCGCCGACGUCCACGGUACUGAGAGCAGCGUGGAAGAGCUGACAUGCCUGGCGACGUGGAAGGAAGGCUCGGCCUACUACCUCGUCGGCAAGAUGGUCCAGAGGAAACUACACGCGUUGCCUUACUCGGACGGCGACAGCUACCGCUGCUUUGUGUACGAGCACGUGGGCCACCAGAACUCGUUCCGGGUGUCGCAGUCGCCUGAUGCAACCUGCGACGGCCUCGUAUCCGCCUCUGAGGGCUCACGCAUCAUGACGCUCACCAAGAGCCGGCAGCCGAGCGCGGGUUGCCACUUCCCGCCGUGGAGCGCGUCGGGUUCUCGUCGCUGGCACAGCCUGGACGGCCGGCGCAGCUUCGUGUUCGGCUCGCGCCAGAUGCGCGUCCAUCGGGCGCAGCACUCCUCGGGCGAGACGCAGCAGCCCGAACUGCGCGUCACGUGCAUCCAGGAGCUGGCACAGGGCACCAACGCCAGCACCCUCAUUGGCUACAGCACAUCCGGAUGCAAUAACGGCUACGUUUGUGUGGCCAUUCAUCGGAGAGACUCGCACGUAUUGGAAAUUCAAAUGGGUGAGCUGAGCCGAACAGCGCGGGACGCCUGCGCGCCACCAGCGUUCGACCCAGAAUCACAAGAUUUCAUCACGUUGCUGGCUUUGUCGGCGCCGUUCGGGGGCGACGGUUCGGCGUUGUCGCAUCCGUGCCCAGCGCUGGCGCUUACCGACGGCCUGCGGGCCACGGGUCGGGCAUCGUGGAAGCCCGACGGGUGCCGGGACGUGCUCGGCUGCCGGCGCCACAGCCACCUCGAGUUCCGGGCAGCGGGAUGCGGCGGCGAAGACCAGGUCUCGCCAGCCGCAGCCACGUCGCCGGCGGCCGCCACUCCCCGCGCGCUGGUCGCCAGCCGGACGUUCCAGUGUCACGGUGGCUGGCAAGAGAACGGCCGGAACUACCUCAUCACGGGUCUCAAAGGCUCCAAGGAUAAAUUCUGUUUCGUGUUCUCCGAGGCGGACAAGGUUACCCAGCUGUCCGGCCUGCACGAUACUUGUCGUCGCACGGUGUUGCCUGGUGUCACGGGCAACAUCACUUUCAACAUCAGCGCCGCAGGUGACUGCGACUUCCAGCCGAGCGGAGCGCCGUCGACAAGCCCCGCAGUGUCGUCCAUGCCGCUCCUGCUCGCGGCGCUGCUCUGCUUGUGGAGAUGGACGCAGCCGCGGUGACGGUCUCAGGCGAGAGACCGAUCCGCUGCCGUCGUGCCUGCACCCCGACCAGUCCCGCCCGCCGGAAGAUGCCGCCCGGAGGACGACGACGACCACCACCACCACCACCCACCGACGACGACGAAGUCGAGACGACGUCUCAGAGAGCGUGGCGUUACAACCCUUCGGUGUUUGUCUUCUGUGUAUGUGCGAGAGCGCUAGGUGACCACCGAACUGUCCACAGUGUUCCGCUCAUUCCGCGCAUUCCGCUCCUGGCGUGACGGAGCGUACGCGUGCGCGGAAAGCAACGUCGUGCGUGCUCCCUACUCUCGUUCCCAAGGAUCUCUAGGAGACCAUGCGUGGUAAGCGGCCCAGUGAUGACGUCACGCGCUCCAGUCGACAACCCUGUUGCAACCAUCGUUGUGCACCGAACCUCCGUACCAAGGCCGUCGACCAUCGUCUCUCCGUGACGCGUUUGCCCGCUGUCUCCGGUGAAGGCAGCGUCGGCAGUCGUUGCAGCAUAGUGGGUGACCAGUAGUUGUGCCGUGGCUGACCUGUGUUUUGACUUGUGGGAGACCUUUGGGUGACCUUUGGUGACCUUUGGGUGACGUGCGCGUCGCUACGACGAGCUGGGGACCCUUCUCCGAACGGCAUGAUGGGGUGAUACCUCGGUACGUUUUAGAGGGGGAAGAUUAGCUGUACUUGUUUUUGAUCGCUGUUUCGCGCCCAGAUGCAACCAGCAGGAGCUUCUUUCGCGGAGAGAAAGCUAUCGCGCAUGCGCCCUGAAUUAGUGGUUGCGCGUGCGACAGGCGUGCAGACGGAAUCGGAGCGCAGCUACACAUGCAAACGGGCGGGUGUGGUUGUUUCAAAUGUUCAACAAAAAAUGCGUUCUCGUUUUUUUCCCUUUAUGUAAAGAAACCCGGCGCACAGCAACCAGCUUCUGUAAUUGCAACUACGUCCGAAAAGUUUUUUUUUUUGUAUAGACGGCUUCUAGAAAAAAGUUAUACAACACGAUCGCUGCGUUUCCGACACUUGUAAUAUACACGAACAAUCAAGUGAGAGCCCCAAAAGUGGCAAUACGACCGAAUAAAUAUUUUUGUUUUAUUAUGGCUGAGCGCGUGUAAAUUAUGGAUAAGCGCGCAUAUUUUUGGCGAACCAUAGCGACCGCAAUCCUUAUUUCAUUCACGACACACUCACAUAAACGCUCGGAACGGGCUCUAAGCGAUAAAUGCCUGUUAUUAGGAUAAAUAUCUAAAGUCCACUGUGUUGCACGUUAAGAAACUGUCAGCACUAACCAGCUUCUUCCGCGACAUAUUUUGUCCAUAAUUACUUUUCCAGAUACGUCACUGAAUACCGCGUGACAAUUUUUCUCGUUUUCAUAGCUAGUGGAUAAGCAAAUUGCGUAAUUAAAGCAACUUUUUCUUCCGAGGUUAAGAAACACUUUGCUUGCAUCACUGAAUGAAAUAAUCCCGAAUUAACGCUGCGAUAGGAAACGACACUCUAUGGGCUCGAGCUUAUAUCAGCAACACAUUAUGAUUGGUGGGCAGUUUCUUCAGAUCUGACGAAACGAACGAAAGCGGUAGCAGUACGGCGGCAGGGCCUUGAUUCCUAUGUCGGCAUCUUGCACGCUGAAUGCAGCGUGACAGCGCGGAUAGAUUUUUAAAAAUUGCUGCCAGUCUGAAUUUCAAAUUUCAGAGAGUAGAGUAAGUUGACGUCUGUAGACAGGAAAGAAAGAACCGUCCGUCAGCAGACGAUAAAGAUUGCGUCAUGUGAACUGUUUUCCCAUUCCAACGAUUAGCCUACUACUCGCUAGUCCACAGCGCGCUUUUCAACGUUCGCGGUCCUUGUAAAGGCUAGUGUCUAGUCUAUUUUAUCCGCAUUUCGUUUCGCAACAGCACCAUCGCAGGCGAUGGAGCGCUUUAUUUUAGUCAGCGCGUCCAAUUAACCUCAUGAAGUAAGAACGUCGAGAAAGGCUGAAGAUUCGACAUCGAACCAUCCAACAAUGCACCGGGCACGUCAUAUUUAUUGGCACUAAUGACAUUACGCGGGGGAUAGUAUAACGCAGUAGAGUGCGAUCUGCUGCGGUCUGCGAAGUAGCAUGUAAAAGCGCGGGCAUCACGCAUCUCGGACAAAAACCUCGCAGGAGAAAAUUUGCUUGCAUCUCUAAUAAUAAUAUCUGGGGUUUUACGUCCCAAAACCAAGAUAUGAUUAUGAGAGACGCCGUAGUGGAGGGCUCCGGAAAUUUCGACCAUCUGGUGUUCUUUAACGUGCACCUAAAUCUAAGUACACGGGCCUCUACCAUUUUUGCUUGCAUCUCUCUACAUACGUGCGCUCCUAUCUGGCGGCGCCCCCCCCCCCCCGUAGUUCUAGCUUUCGUGGCAACCACAGUAUCGGCUCAGCUUUCUGACAAAAGGUUGGAGCGAUCUCUCUCAAGUUCUGGGUCAUGUUGCUUGGACUCUGUCGAGCUUCAGUUUGUUGAGUCAUAACCGAGCUCCGUCAAAAGACACCGACGUUUUUAUGUGGCGCUAUUCGUUACCGGUUAUGUCUCCGCGAUCCAGUGGCGUCCGUUACCAGUGGCCUCCGCGAUCGGCUCCGGCAGCGCGGCACGCUAUCCGAGCCGAUCGCCGAGGCCGCGCUGGCGAGGCCCCACAUUGCGCUAUAAUAGGGUACAUAAAAUGGAGGAGGCGUACGAAACAACAUUCUUAGUGAUUAUUGAUAACAAAUUCCCAGCGGAACAAUAUCGUGCUCACACACCAUGGCAUGUAUAGGUUCGCAUUCUUUAGCUUGGUAACUCAAAACACGAUCUUCAAGAUCUCCAAUGGCCGCGGGAUUUCCCGCAUGGUGAUCAUCUCGGAGGCCACACAGAAUGGGCUGUCUCACAGCGCUUGGCACGAGAUGGCGCAAUUUAUUUGCCCCUAAUAUGUGUCAGCUCUUAUCUGUCGCAGUUGCGCAUAUUUCGUUGUCAAAACCCUGAGCCAAGGUGCAUGCGAAAUAUCCCACGGUAACUGUUUAUGCGACUGUCGCUGUCCUAGGUCUAGAUGACUGCCCGCCAUGUGAUCCGAUCGCUCUAUCAUGGCCUCCGCGAUCAGAUCCGGCAACAUUAAUCGCGAAGGCCACGGCUCUAUGCAGAAAACCUCCUCCGAGACGUCGCUUCAAUCGACCACUUUGUUCUCGAUCGCAGUGUCCCCCACAGGCGGCGUCCUUUGAACAUUCCAACCUUUUGUCCGCUACGCGGUCAAUACGCAAAUUAGGACCGCAGCCCGACAUUCGUAAUUGAUUAUAAAUUCCGCGGCUUCGUCGUUUCCGUCGACUCAACGUUUUGUAGCUCGCGAAAACAAAGGAAAUCACGUAUCCUCAAGUCCUCAAACUCAAGUCCGUAAUUGUACACGAGCGGCCCAGGAAUAUUGCGUCAAAACGAGGUUGCUAAUUGCGUUGCUAAACAGUGAGCUAUGAGGCUCCUCGGCACGGCACAGUGUUGAUUGCGGCGCCCAUAAAGAGACUACCCAAUCUUAAGGGCAGCUCAAAAUCGAUCAGGCGAGCUCGUUAUAGUUUACGGUUUGUUUUCCCUUCAUUUCGUAUCCGCCACAGCAAUGAUACCAUCUAGAUGCGAGAUAAAAAAAAAAAACAUGUCGCUUUGAACUACAAGGGCACUUAUCAAAAAAGAAUAAUUACGGUAAAAACACGAAGGCAAAUUUACUGCACUGUGCUAUACUAGUCCGCGUAUCGCGCGAAGCUUUCUAGUCCAAGGACAUGCGUGGGGCUAUUUAGAUGCUGCGAGCUGUCAAUCUUUAGUCAUUUUGAAAAUGUUUUGUUUUAUAUUGUGUAAUAAAGAGAUAUAGUUGGUUA